UCCCCACAAUGUGUCGGAAACUUAGAUACUGUCCUGCGAGCGGAACACCAACAUCGUCCGAAAGCCGCAGUUUCUAACCUGAGCCUAGCCCAUCGAUGAUGUCAUUCAGUUUAUCCGCCCUGUGGAAGGACCUCCCUGUCAAUGUUCAGAGUAAGAAUCAUCAGUGGCUGUUUACAACACUGAGUUAUGUUUCGCCCUCUGUCAGACCUUACAGCGCAGCGUUAGCCCGUUUACCUGGCGGGGCAUUUCAAAGCCGGGUCGCUUGAGAGAGAGAGAGAGAGAGAAAGGAAACAGCAGAUUAAACACAGGUACGGAUAAGUUGGCACCCACUUCGAUCCAGCGAUGAAGACAAGUUCAACUGAGAACAUUGAUCUAGGCAUGAGAUUAUGCUCUGAGUCCAAAGAUCUGCUGACCAACCAUACAGAAAGCACAUAUUACAGCAGUUCCAGAAGUGUAUCCAUCUGGACAUCAGAGCCACGUACUGCCUGGGAAAUUUACCACAAACCUAUCAUUGUCAUGUCAGUUGGAGGGGCUUUUUUCUUCUUGGGCUCCAUAAUGACUGGUUUGUAUUUUGGGCAGAUCACAAAGAAAACAUGCAAUGUACUGGGGCCUGCCUUUCUCUCCAUUGGGAUGAUGUUUCUCAUAUUUGGAUUAGUCUGGCUCCCUAUCCUCAAAGAAAAACAAAGCCAAAAGUCUAUGUCAAGGUAUUUAAGGAACCACAAACCACCAUCGUUCUUUAACUUGUGAGAUAGAACUACGCUACAGAAAAGCUGAUUGCUAAACUGAUGGUUUCUGUGAGUGGAUUUCUCCUGAUGUACACCGUAAUUCAUGUUUACGUGGGCUUGUGGAAGUUAAAGGAGGUGUAUGAAAAGCUCUCCUCAUUUAUUCCUUAGUGUCAGUGAAACUGGUGAGAAAGGAAGAAAGACUUGCAUUUAUAAUCCACCUUUUGUGAACCAAGGAUAUCCCAAAGUGCUUUAUAGCCAAUCAAAUACUUUUUAACAGAAGAGUAGUCACUGCGAAAGGUCAUAACACAUGGAAUAAAGUCACAAUGUAACAUUUAAUGAAUUUUAUUAGCUUGAUGAUCAUUGAAAAAAAUUGAUAACUUUUUUCAGUGGGUAUCUUGUUUUUAUACAUUUUUACCUGAUGUAACUUUAUCAAGUAAUUUAAUUUUAUAGCUUCUCAGAGCUAUCCAAUUCUGAGCUCUAAUCUGUUUUAAGCAACAAACUAAUGAAUGAGCAAGAGUUGUUGCAUCAGUCAGUAAAGCUGUCCAAUAUGUCGCAAACAGUUUCUGAAGUCAAGAAAUUAGCUCUGCCAGUAAAAUGUUAUCAAUUACAAUAUAAAGCUAUUUGUAAGUAUGCUAAUGUAUAUAAACCAAUGAUUUAACAGUAGGCUUGGUAGAAAAUUUGCAUGUUUUCAUGUGGUGCAUAAUUUUGGGUGUCUUUGCAAGAGACUAAAGCUAAGUAUUGCACUUAAAACAUUAAGUAUCUGCCUUGCUCCACUGAAAAUUAUAUGUGCACAGUAAAGUUUUAACUGUUACUUCAAAUACUUGCACUACAAUUUGUUUGUCCAAGCAUACUUCAAGUUGGCUCUUUGUAUUGAGUGGAUUUUUAAUGUGAUUUGAAAACGUUCAUUUUUGGCGUAGCAACGCUUGUUAAAAUUGACAGAGUGUAAUUUUCUCAGUUCUUAAGUAGAAAAACUAUUGAACAUUGCACAAGACUACCUUAAUGUUAGCCUCAGACAAAUUAUGAAUACAUCCAUGUGAAGCAUGAAUUGCAUCUUUUAACAAUACAGUUAAUUUAUAUCGUGCCUCUAACAUAAAUACACAUCCUAAGUAUCUCACAGAUCCAUUGUCGGAUAAAUUUUACAAAAAUCUCUACAGUUUUUCACUUCUUAUAUCAAAAUAUAUUAGACCCACAUGGAUUUAUUUGUGCUUAAAUUCAAGAA